AUGGUAAACUACGGACUACUCACGGGAGCAACCCAGCGAUUGGUGUAUGUCGGCUCAUCAAAACGACGGAGAUGGUGGCUACGCCUCACACAGACCGCCAUCUGCGGAGUACUCUCGCUUCAGCAUGAGGCCUCUGCAGGUGGCCAAUAUUGUGCUACUCAAAAGGAAAUGGUAUCACAGGGCGCAGUACUCGGAAUCCCGCGCAUCCUGUUUGUCAUUAGAUUGGGGCAGAAGAAGAGCAAUGAGACACAAGGCAGACUACAGCAGGCUUGCGUAACACAUACACCCCGCUCGCCCGAGCAGGAAACAGACUACAGCAGAGCCUCCUUGAAAUCCGCCCAUCACCAUCAGGUAUCGCACAAUAUGAGUAUCCAAGAGGCUACUAAGCAGUGCCUGGAGACCUUGAGGGCUUGCCUUGCGGUUGAGCAGUUGAUGAUUGAUGCGUGGGCUGAGAAUCGCUUAGCAGACCUCAAUCUCUGGAUCGCGGGCCUCGGGGCAUUGGCGUCGUCACGGGUGUCUCUCGAUACGAGACUGGGCUCGAAGCCCGAGAUUCGAGAUAUCAUUGCCAAUCUGCUAGGCUUACUUGCUCUCACUGUGGAAAAGUGCAGAAGGCUAGCGACUUCUGAAUCCGGAGCUGCCGGUGUCGCCGCGCAAAUUGAAGAAGAGCAAGAAGAGCUGUCUGAAAGCUCCAGCGAUGGCAUUCCACCCCGACCGUACUCUCCUUGGUCAGACGAAGACGAUUCAGACUCUGAUGACUUUCUUCCCGUCGCUGCCGAGCAGCCAUUGUCAACCAACAGUCUUCUGGAGAGCAAUAUGCAAGAUGUCGGAAUGUUGCUAAAACAACUUGCCAAUAUCGCUGUUGUGGUACGGAAGUCAGGCAAAGGCUCACGGCUUCAGAGAGCGGACCAGCAAUUCAAACCGGAAGAGCACAAAGAUCUACAGGCACAUCUCACAACGAUGAUGCUACUGAACAAUAUCGAGCAGCGUUCCGACCUCCAUUCAGUCAACGGAACAUUUGACCCUUCGAAUCUGGGUGAAAUACAAGAGCGCAUCAUACAAUGCAAUCUGAAGCGACGCAAUCGCUUCCUGUAUGCCCAACGGCACUCUGACUCCCUGUCAGGGAGAAUAUCUCAGGAAGACGACGCACGGCGCCCACAAAAAGCGAAUCCUGGAGUGAUGGCAAAGCCUGCCCCCGACGGGUCCGAAAGCCAAAGUCAAGCAGCAGUUCCAUCUACAGAGAUUGAACAGGUGCAAGAACCAACGAAUCCCACGAUAGUGACAGGAACUAGGGCGACUGCCAUCAGCGACUCUCUCGAUAUACCACGGUUUUACGUGUCCGUGUUGCUGUCAGACGCUUCCUAUGGAAUAUUUGGAGGAGAGAAAGUGGAAGCCGAGAGAAAGCACAUUAGCAAUGAUCUCAGCCCGUAUACGUGUAUCCUUCGUGGUUGCACUACUCCCAACGUUCUCUACGCUACGAAAUCAGAUUGGCAUCGGCAUCUUCUCGACAGGCAUCAAGGCUAUGAAUAUUGGAUCUGCUUCGCUUGUGAGGGUGCUGAACAAUUCCGCAACAAAGAGCAGUUUCGUCGGCAUAUAGAAGUGCAUCACACUUCGUUCAUGCGAACCGGUCAAAUAUCACUAUUAGAAGCUGUGUGCAAACGAUAUACGCCUCUCGACAUCACUUCUUGCCCUCUUUGCAACAGGCCUAAAGGUCAUGGCCAGGAAACAGAGGUGGAUAAGACGGGGCUAUUUGAUCAUAUUGCUAAAGAACUGCACGCCUUUUCACUCCGAUCAUUGCCAUGGAACGAUGAUUGUGGCCAGGAAAGCGAGCAGAGGAUAUGCCAGAGCUCUGAAAAGGUUUCUGAAUGGCUCGCCAAGAACAGUCUCUAUGCGGAAACUACUUCUGAGAAGCCUCCCCUGGAGAGGAGGGUUCAUUCGUCAAGCUAUUUCCAACACAGUCCGUACUUUGCUGACAGUACAGGAUCUGACUCCUCCAGUGGUUCCGAAUCCUAUGCCUCCAUAGAUAAGGGGCUUGAGGACCUGGAAGCAGCACAGGGACCGGAUUUCUUGAAGGAAGACAACAUCGGUGUGAAUGAGUCAGAACAACAAUCACGGCAAAGCCUCCAAAGCGAGUCUCGAUUCUGCCAGACAAGCUUCGUCAACCGCAAUUCACACCCAAUGCAAGAGGAGGAGCCGUGUUGUGGAUGUGGACGACCCGUUGAAGUCUGGAGACCUAGGGAUAGUGGCCAUUUGGUCUGCGAGAGGUGCAGGCAAUAUCAAGGCCCGGCGUUGAGUAUGGACUCAUG